UAGCACUCGGUCGACACUGAGUCAAGAUCUUUCCAGUUUCCGCUCUUUCUUGCUUUCGACCCCUCUAUCUCCACGAUCGAGCGGCGAUGAAGGGGAAGAGCCUCCCGAUCAUCACGUUCGAGCACAAGAGGGAUGCAUAUGGAUUUGCAGUGCGGCCUCAACACUUGCAGAGGUACCGAGAAUAUGCGAAUAUUUACAAGGAGGAGGAAGAAGAGAGAUCCGAGCGAUGGAAGAAGUUCCUUGAGAGGCUGGCCGAGUUUGAGAGUACGCCCAACAAUGACUUGUCCACAGGGGAAAAUAAAACUGAGGCACAUUUGGAAGCGGCUGAAGUGCCCGAGAAGGACAGCAGCCCUGAUGAGCUUAGCGAGUGCGAUGGCAAGGAGGAAGUUGGAUCCGGGAAGGAGACAACAGAAAAUCAUAGAGGAGUUCAUCAGGCCCAAAUUUGGGCCCAGAUCAGGCCUUCCCUUAGUGCCAUUGAGCAGAUGAUGAGUCAUCGAGUAAAGAAGAAAAAGUUCAUGGAAGGCGGUGAACAAGUUGCCCAGCGGAGUAGGACGAACCUUGCUCCUAUUGAAGAGUCGAGAGCCUCCGAAGACUCAGAUGAUGAGUUUUAUGAUGUGGAGAGAUCUGAGCCAGUCCAUGAAGCUUCUUCUGGAGAUGAGGGAAAUUUUGAUUCCAAUAUGAAUAUGGCUAGUCAAGGGAUACCUGAAGAGACAAAGGAAGAAUUGGAGUGCUUGGUCCGUGGGGGCCUCCCAAUGGCUCUUAGAGGAGAGCUUUGGCAAGCUUUUGUUGGUGUUGGAGCUCGCAGGAUAGAUGGAUAUUAUAGUAAUUUGCUAGGUCUAGAAUCUAUGACAGAUGCCAAAGAAGUUGAUGCUCCACUUAAAGCUGGCAGUGAAAACAAACCAAUACGACCUCUGGGAACUGAAAAAUGGAAGGGACAGAUUGAGAAGGAUCUUCCCAGAACAUUCCCUGGUCAUCCUGCUCUAGAUGAGGAUGGGAGAAAUGCUUUGAGGCGGCUACUCACUGCAUAUGCUCGACAUAAUCCAUCUGUUGGUUAUUGUCAGGCGAUGAAUUUCUUUGCAGGAUUACUACUUUUGCUGAUGCCAGAGGAAAAUGCAUUUUGGACUUUGAUGGGUAUCAUUGAUGACUAUUUUGAUGGUUACUACUCUGAAGAAAUGAUUGAAUCUCAGGUGGACCAACUUGUUUUGGAGGACUUAGUUCGUGAAAGAUUUCCAAAAUUAGUGAAUCAUCUGGAUUAUCUUGGAGUGCAAGUUGCAUGGGUUACAGGACCCUGGUUCCUUUCCAUUUUCGUGAAUAUGCUUCCCUGGGAAAGUGUUCUUCGUGUCUGGGAUGUGCUAUUGUUUGAUGGGACUAGGGAGAUGCUUUUUCGAACAGCACUAGCUUUGAUGGAAUUAUAUGGUCCUGCAAUUGUGACAACAAAGGAUGCAGGAGAUGCAGUUACAUUAUUGCAGUCACUUGCUGGUUCUACUUUUGACAGUAGCCAGCUUGUUUUGACAGCUUGCAUGGGAUAUCAACCUAUAAAUGAGGUGAGACUACAAGAUUUAAGGAACAAACAUCGACCAUCAGUGAUUGCUGCCAUGGAGGAAAGAUCCAAAGGACUUCGUGUUUGGAGAGACUCUAAAGGUCUUGCAUCUAAACUAUAUAGUUUCAAGCGUGACAAUGGACCACUAGUAUCAGAAGCAAAAUCAAAAGAAAAUGUAGGUGAAAUGAACACCAAUGGAGAUGUACAGUCCAUGGAGUCUGAUUCAGCAAAAUUGGAUGGCAUUCUUAGUACUCUGACAGUUGAUGCAGAGUUGGAUUCUCUACCUGAUCUUAAAGAACAGGCCACAUGGUUAAAGGUGGAACUGUGUAGAUUGCUGGAGGAGAAAAGAUCUGCUACCCUCAGAGCUGAGGAGUUGGAGACAGCAUUGAUGGAGAUGGUGAAGCAGGAUAAUAGGCGCAUUUUAAGUGCAAAGGUUGAGCAGUUGGAGCAAGAAUUAACUGAGUUGCGACAGGCUCUAGCAGACAAGCAGGAACAAGAGCGUGCCAUGCUUGAGGUAUUGAUGCGGGUUGAACAAGAACAGAAGGUCACAGAAGAUGCUCGCCUCUUUGCUGAGCAAGAGGCUGCUAAUCAGCGUCAAGCUGUCAAUGCCCUCCAGGAAAAAUAUGAAGAAGCCAUGUCAUUACUUGCACAAAUGGAGGACAGGGCAGUAAUGGCAGAGACGAUGCUAGAGGCUACAUUGCAAUACCAGUCCAGCCAGCUUAAAGCAUUAAGCUCUCCAAGGACGCCAACUACGGAUAAUUCACCUGUUCGAACAAGUCAAGACUCAUCUCAGGAUAUCCCUCCUAGAAAAAUAAGCUUGCUUGCUAGGCCAUUUGUACUUGGUUGGCGCGACAAGAACAAGGGCAAACAGAAUAAUCCUGAGGACUCCACUGAUGCAAAGCUCAACAAUGACGGGGAACAGAAUGUGCAAACUCCGAAGAGAGAUAUGAAUGGGCAUCAAGAGCCAGAGAAGUGAAACUUGGGAGACGGAAUCUCCCUGGAGGAUAUUGAAUUGGGAAUUCCGAUACUGCAAUGCGUUCUGGUGUUAGUAUGUUGACAUGUGAAGCGGCGCCUCGAAGGAUCGUGUCCCAUCCCUGCAGGCCUUGUUGACACUUCAGGUUUGAACCAUUCGACACCUCCGAUACGAAAUGCCAAGGUUUCAAAAGUUCUACCCAUUAUUGAGCACCCACUGCCAGGAUAUACUUUUUUUUUUUUUUACCAUUUGGAAUUGUAAAUUUUGAAGUUUAAAUCUCACCAAAAAAAACAAAUAAGUUCUUACUAGAAAUUUUAGGAAACCGACGCGUAGUGUCUCGUGAGAAUAUUUUCUAAUACCUCCUUUCC